AUGGCAGCCCCUUACGGGAUCAGCCCGACGGACCGAAGCGGGGUGAUCGUCAUCGCCGCAACGCUGUUCAUGUCCUGGAUGGUGCUGGUGUCUUUGUUCCGGGUCUAUAUGCGGGUUGCCAUGAACGGACCGGCGGGAUGGGAUGAUGUCGUAGUCUGGAUCGGAGGAGUAAGUGCUCAUGAGGCUCAUUACCGUUCGGAAUGUGGUCUGGGACGAAUCAAUCCGACCGACGAAGAGGGUGCCAUGAAGGCAAGUUCUCUAUCUUCCCGCCAUGAUUCCUCAUUUGUCUUAGUUACUGAUCCAGGGAUGUCGUGA